AUGAAGACUCCGGGGAAUGACCAGGAGUUUCUUUGACUUUGCACACUGUGGGGAGAGAUCCCACCGUGGUUGUGCGCGCACAUGCACCAGUAACAGUUACUGGCGAUGGGACGAUAUAAUGUCUGUCAAAUUUUAAAAUCGCAUGUCGUUUGAUCAAGUUUAGUAUUCGGCAGCUAGAGGAAAGAACUGCACUGACAACAGCUGAUCUUCACAUCUGGGUCAUCAGUAAAUGGACACGCACGUUGGCAGAGUCUGCGCGUAACAAGGAGCGAUCCAUCACAGCUCGGCCACACACGGAGCGCUGCUGAUUCUGGAGCUGCCCUCUCCUCUGUCUCCUCUGUCUCCUCUGUGGACUGAAGCGGCGCCACAGACGUGAACGAGGCACAACUAUGUUGGGGGUCCUCCUCGUUCUGUCCAUCCUCUCCCUGGUGGCCCUGGUGCCUCCCCCAAAUGUCCCUCCUGUGCCUUGCCAGCACUGCUGUGAUCACCUGGAGCCAGCAGAGGGCAGUGGAGCACAGCCGCCACCAGGGGCGUUCGUCCAAGUGCCAGAGGUUCGCACCUACAUCAACAUGACCAUCCUCAAAGGUGACAAAGGAGAUCGUGGAGACAGAGGGACACCAGGUAAAGCUGGACAAGAAGGCCCUCCAGGCUCCAUGGGCCCCACGGGCUCAAAGGGUUCUAAGGGCCAGGGAGGUCUGCCAGGAGACCCGUGCAAAGUCCAAUACUCUGCCUUCUCUGUCGGCCGUCGCAAAUCUCUCCACAGCCUGGAGACGUACCAGGUGCUGGUGUUUGACACGGUCUUUGUCAACCCGGACGGCCACUUCGACAUGUUCGAGGGGAAGUUCUUCUGCCACAUCCCAGGGAUCUACUUCUUCAACGUCAACAUUCACACAUGGAACUUCAAGGAGACGUACCUGCACAUCAUGCGGAACGACAUGGAACAGGCCAUCGUGUACGCCCAGCCCAGCGACCGCUCCAUCAUGCAGAGCCAGAGCCUGAUGCUGGAGCUGGAGCUGAACGACUGGGUGUGGGUGCGGCUGUACAAGAGGGAGAGGGAGAAUGCAAUAUACAGCGAUGAUGUAGAUGUCUACAUCACGUUCAGUGGGUACCUCAUCAAAGCCAGCGUGGAGUAAAAAUGAACAGGCAAGCAAACCGAAGUGACGUGGGUGAAGAAAGCCUUUAAAGUUGCUCUCUUCUUUCUUUGAUUUUUAGAUAAAAGAAAUCCCGCUGUGGUGCCAGAAUCAAAGUUGUUGCAGGAGAAUAAGCAGUACCUCUGAGGAAUUGUGAAGAAAGAAACUGAAUAUAUUCACCCCAAUAGAAGCUGAAAAUAUAUAGGGCACCCUACAGAAGACUCACUCUUUUUAUACGAGCCUACAAAAAAGGGUCUGCAGGGUUUCAUUCAAGGGAAAAAAAAAUCUACAUUUUGGGAGAAUGUUAAUUUGUUUUCUUGCUGAAAGUUCGCUGUGGAGAUUUAUACCACUCUUAUGUCUGCAUGGUAAAUUUGUAGCUGGAACUGGAAACGGAGAAACACCAAGCAUGGCUCUGUCCAAACAUGCAAAAAUCUGCCUAGCAAUAUCUCCAACCCUCACAAAGUAGUGUCACAUCUUGUUUGAGCCACACAAAAACAGAGAGUGCAAGUAGUAAGUCAUCGUCUUACUUAUUUCUUGGCCACGAGCAGCACUAUUUUCCAAGAAGUACUCUGGCGCAUAACUCCUUAGUAAAGCAGUGAAUGAUUGCUUUUAUGCUUUGGUUUUGUACAAAUGAGAUACAACAUGUUAAUCAGUAACAUAUGGAGCUGCUGGUUGGAUAUGGAUGUCACUUUUCCCUUGUUUCCAGUCUUUAUGCUAAGCUAAGCUAACUGGCCGCUAGCUGUAACUUCAUAUUUAAUGUACACUCAGGAGAGUGGUAUCAAUCUCUUCAUGUAACACUCAGCAAAGAAGUAAAUGUGUGUUUAAAAAAAAAAAAAACAAGAGCUGCAAAUGUUCUCAUUAAAACUGGAUAAAUUCAUGAUAGUAAUAAUAUUUUAGACUUAAAAGUCCACAGUGUCAUAAGAUUAUUGAUUUUAAAACAACAAAAACAAGACACUUUGUCCGUGUACUGUUUCUGUAAGAAACAGAUUUAUAUAAUGGGAUAUGGUAAGAAAAGGUAGACUUAGUUAACAGAAUCACUGAUAAUGUGGACAGUCAAUGAGUUACGUCUGUUACCGACCUGCUGUGUGUGGACUGACGGUUUCUGCAGUUCUACCAGUAAUAUUUGCCUUGGAUUGACUUUGAUAUACUUUUAUAAACUGAAUUGUGGUUUAUUCCUAAAGCAUACUUGAAUAUUUGGUGCUAAACAAGUUUGUCAAAAGGUGCUGAUUACCCGGUCUUUGCAGCUCCCUUUUUAAUAUAGUAUCAUACAAAUCAGGGGUUUUCAACAAAUUGUGGACCAGGGGCCACCAUUCUGACUAACCCCUCAUUUCCACCGAAUGCAGCUGUGUUGCGUUGUGUGCGGCUCAGUCACUGGAGCUGAUCUCAGUCUAGUCAACGGCUGUGAUUCCACCAGGUCCGGCUGCAUCUUGUCUCUGAUCCCUCUGUUCCGCUUUGCUAAAGAGACACAUAGUCUGUUUUUGACAGAUGCUGGUCCCAGGACGCUUCAAGGUUCGACCCCCCAAUUAGGCAGCACUAGUUGGUUACUUCCUACCAACAAGUCACAUCACAACAUCAACUAGCACUGUAAGUAAAACAGAAAAUAACUAUGAGGACGGAUGUAUUUGUAACAACUGAAACAAAGCCACAAAUCUUUGAUCCAUGUUUCAUACCGACUUAACCGUAACCACUAAAUCUAUGGGGCGCCGUUUGUAAAAAUAGCACUUACACA